AUGCCUUCUCAGAUAAAGUUUUUGAGUCCCAAGGUAUUUAAGGCAACGCCGGAAGAUGACGCCUUCGACUGGCUUGAGCGUUACGAGUCAACGGGAGCGUACAAUCAAUGGGGCGAUACGGAGCUAAGGGCGAAUUUCAGCAUGUAUCUGGAUGGAGCGGCAAGAAAAUGGUACCUGUGCUCCACACUUCCGACGGAGUGGCGUGAUUUACCCAUACGACCGGGGGUUGGCCUCAACGCAGCUGAUCUUCCGGCAGUAACCGGAGUCAGAACACUGUUUUUGAAAGAAUUUCAGCAACAAAACUACAAGCUGUUCCAGGAAACACGCUUGCGGAAACGGGUUCAAGGUAUCGAAGAAGCGACAACUAACUACUAUUACGAUGUUAUUGAUCUUUGUAGGGUGGUGGAUCCAACAAUGUCGGAAGCCACCAAAGUCGAUUACCUUUUUGGGGGAUUACGGCCCUCGUUGGUCGAAAAAUUGUACCCGUUACAACCCAAAACAGGCGAAGAAUUUUUAGAGGCGGCGAAACGGUUCACUGAUGCCACUGAUGAAACCGAGGAGAAUCCUAACAAUUUGAGGUUAUCCCAUAAAGAAACAAGAUAUUUCCUAUUUCACCGGCUACCGAAAGAUGUCACACAGCAUAGUAAUAAUGCAAGCAAAGGUAAACGAUCAACAACGAGCAAACCGAAUACCACAACAUCAAGCUCGGCUGCUAUUGCAACCAAAAGCAAGCCUUUGUCUCUUAACCAAACUGCACGAGAGGAUGACGAUCAUACCAAGAAGACUCGAAGUCGUCGUCACCUAGAUUUUUAUCAAGCAGAAAGUGCAGCUUGCAUAGGUGGCAAAGAAAACGAUGAAGAUCAAACAACCAGCACAUCAUUGGAAAAGGAUGACUCAGCUCGAAUUAAACGUCGGUUGGAACAAGAAAACGAUGAACUUAAGAAAAAAGUUGCUCGUCUGGAAAACGAAAAGGAAGAAGAGCGAAAAAUUCUUAAUGGACAGAUAACGGAACUCGAAAUACAAUUGAAUACACUCGAAGAUGUCUGCAAAGAAAAAACCAACGACGUAUCUGGCCUAAAUGAUACGCUAGAGAAAAUGCACUCCGAUCAACUUCUUCCAACAGUUCUUAUUCAACAUAUCACGGGCCUUAUUGAUGUCAUCAAGGCCGAUUCUGAGAAAAGGCAGGCGGAGCUUUCGCGUCUACAGUCAAUGAAACUGACCACUGUCCCUGCAUCUGCCGUUUCAACUCCUUGUUCUUCUCCACACGCUACUCCCUCGAAGCGAUUAGUAAAGCUUGAUGGUGAUGUAUUUAUUGAUCGAGAUGCACUUAAAAAUGCCGUUGCCUAUGGAUCUACUGCUAAUACGGAUCAUAACCUAAACUUAAUGAUCAACACGAUCUUGGAUGCAUUCUUCACACAAAGCCAAUUGGCAGGCUAUAGUUUAUCGGGAAAGGCGUGCCCAAAUAUGAAGGGGAGUAAACCGAAGCCCAAGAUUCCCUCAAACAUCAUUCAAGCUCUCAAAAAUUUUGUGCGAAGAAAUUGGAAAGAAUGGUACAAAUUGGUACCAACUGACAAAGCAAUAAACAGUGGUGUGGGUGCUAAACUUCGUUCAUGUCAUACGGCAGCUAAGAACAAAGGAAAAAAAUCAUCACUUACCAAACAGCCUUUGUUUAUCGGAGAUAAUGACAGCGAAGAUGACAACGGUAAUUCUAAAGAUGGUGUUGACGAUAACGAAGACAAUAUUUCCGUACGUAGUUCUGAUUUUGAAAAUGAAGACUCGUCAUCACAAGCUGCCGAAGAAAACGACGUUAUCUAG